AAGAGGAGAAAAGCAACUACCAUGGAAGCUUUUUCCCGGCCCAGCGGGGAGAUCCUGAGGAGAAACCCACAACAGGAUUUCGAGCUCAUUCAGCGAGUUGGGAGCGGAACUUAUGGGGACGUAUAUAAGGCACGAAACAUACAGACUGGAGAGCUGGCAGCAGUCAAAAUAAUCAAACUAGAACCAGGGGAUGACUUUUCCAUCAUCCAGCAGGAAAUCUUUAUGGUGAAAGAAUGCACACACCAAAAUAUUGUGGCCUACUUUGGAAGCUACUUAUGCCGGGAGAAACUGUGGAUCUGCAUGGAAUACUGUGGUGGAGGAUCUCUGCAGGAUAUCUACCAUGUGACUGGGCCUCUUUCAGAACUACAAAUCGCCUAUGUCUGCAGAGAAACUUUGCAGGGCCUCGGUUAUCUUCAUAGUAAGAACAAAAUGCAUCGUGACAUCAAGGGUGCAAACAUUCUGCUGACAGACAGUGGAGAUGUAAAGCUGGCUGAUUUCGGAGUUGCAGCCAAAAUAACAGCGACCAUUGCCAAGAGAAAGUCCUUCAUUGGUACACCUUACUGGAUGGCCCCUGAGGUAGCGGCAGUGGAGAAAAACGGGGGCUACAACCAGCUGUGUGACAUCUGGGCAGUGGGCAUCACGGCCAUCGAACUGGCAGAACUGCAGCCCCCCAUGUUUGAUCUCCACCCCAUGAGGGCCUUGUUUUUAAUGUCAAAGAGCAGCUUUCAGCCACCAAAGCUUAAAGACAAGAUUAAGUGGUCAACAGCUUUCCAUAGCUUUGUAAAAGUCUCGCUGACAAAAAAUCCAAAGAAGAGGCCUACAGCAGAAAAGUUGCUCUCGCAUAGCUUUGUAGCUCAGAGUGGCCUGACCAAGAGCCUCGCUGCUGAGCUCUUAGACAAAAUGAACAACCCAGACCACCAUUCCCACUACCCAGGGGGAGAUCUGGAUGACGAUGAUAUUGAGCCCCUGUCAGCUGUUCGCCACACCAUUCGCUCUACAAACAAGAACUGCCGAGCAGAGAGGACGCGCUCGGAAAUUAACUUUGACAAGGUGCAGUUUGAACCUCCUCUGCGGAAAGAAACGGAAGCUCACACAGAACUGGACUUGACGAAAGAGAACGACUUUCCAUCACCAUGGAGUCCUUUUUCAGAUGGAGGAAUCAGUAGCAAGAGCCUUCUCAAAAGCGUUGAGGAGGAGUUGUUUCAACGGGGACACAUGACACAUCUAGACGACUCCUUUGAAGAUGUAGAAUUGUCAACCUUGAAGCAAGGAGUUCCUCCCCCUCUGCCACCAAAGCCGCGCUUAAACAGCAGCUCGGAAGAAGGCGGUCUGGAUGAAGACAACGGCCUGACGGUGCGGCGUUUUCCCAGCUCCGAGAACGGGGCGGAGCCGGGCCUGCGCCGCCAGAGCACCCCAGUGCGCGGCAGUCAGCCCGAGCACUCUCCCCCGGGCUUCCUGUCGGCCAGCGUGAGCAGCCCGGGCCUGCUGGCUCACUCUUCUGAGCUGCACAACGAGGGGCCCAACACAGAUGUUAAUGGGGACAGUUGUAGGCAGCCCCCAGCUCCACCUCUGAGAAGGGAGAAGAAGGAGUUUCCUAAACCAGCAAUCAACGGGCUUCCCCCCACACCAAAGGUUUUAAUGGGCGCCUGUUUUUCCAAAGUGUUUGAUGGCUGUCCAUUGAAGAUUAAUUGUGCCACGUCAUGGAUUCACCCUGAUACCAAAGACCAGUAUCUAAUCUUUGGGACAGAAGAUGGAAUUUAUACUUUGAAUAUGAAUGAGUUACAUGAAGCCACUAUGGAGCAGCUGUUUCCAAGGAGAUGCACAUGGCUGUACGUUAUCAACAAUAACUUAAUGUCUUUAUCAGAAGGAAAAUCCUUCCAGUUGUAUUCUCACAACCUCAUUGGACUUUUUGAGCAGCUUAAGAAGCCAGGACUGGCAGCUCAGUUUCAGACCCACAGGUUUCCUGAUAAGAUAUUACCCAGGAGAUUUGCCUUGACAACAAAGAUCCCAGAUACAAAAGGCUGCCACAAGUGCUGUAUUGUGAGAAAUCCGUACACCGGGCACAAGUACCUGUGUGGAGCACUGCAGUCUGGGAUAGUCCUACUCCAGUGGUACGAGCCAAUGCAGAAGUUCAUGCUGAUAAAGCACUUCGACUUUCCCCUGCCCAGCCCUCUGAAGGUGUUCGAGAUGCUGGUGGUGCCCGAGCAGGAGUACCCCAUGGUGUGUGUGGCCAUCAGCCAGGGCAGCGAACCCAGCCAGGUGGUGCGCUUCGAGACCAUCAACCUCAACUCCUCCUCCUCCUGGUUCACCGAAAUCGGCUCCGGAGGUCACCAGGUUGAUGCCAUCCAUGUGACCCAGUUGGAGAGGGACACAGUUCUGGUGUGUCUGGACAAAAAUUUGAAAAUUGUCAAUCUUCAAGGCAAGUUAAAGUCCAACAAAAAGCUGGCGUCUGAACUCAGCUUUGACUUCUGCAUCGAGUCUGUUGUGUGCCUUCAGGACAGUGUGUUGGCUUUCUGGAAACAUGGUAUGCAGGGCAAGAGCUUCAAGUCAAAUGAGGUUACCCAGGAGAUUUCAGAUCAAAGCCGGGUCUUCCGUUUGCUCGGAUCUGACAGGGUGGUGGUGCUGGAGAGCCGGCCAACAGAUAACCCCACAGCCCUGAGCAACCUCUACAUCUUGGCCGGCCAUGAGAACAGUUACUAGAAUUGCACUGGCGUCACGUAACAAGAUGGCUGUAGCCACGGAAAAAUGCUGAUCAGACUUCCAGCUCUGACGUACUCUAUUGCAGGAGGAACUAGCAUGAGGAGGCAGCCAGCUAAUUCCUGUUGCUUUUUUAUUUAAGUGUUCGCUUACUGAGAAUGCGAAGAGGAUGGCAUCAGAGAUAACAUGAACUGAAGAACUCACAAAAGAUGUCACAGAACAAAGCGGUUUUGCUGAAGCGUUCAGUCUCCUGCACCCCAGCAGAGCCUCUAACAAUAGUGCUCCACAGCAUCAGCUAGAUGUCACAGCUUGGAGCAUUCUGGAGCUAAGGGAAGCCCUCAGCCAGGAGGCUCACACUGGCGAAGUCUUUGGAUCCAGGAGAUCGCUGUGGUUAAAUACACCCUGUGUCAGCAUGUGGUUGGCCAACUUGAUCACACAGAGCUGAUAAGAUGUAGCAGUUAGAGAUCAUUGAAAGUCACAGUGGCAAUAAAAACAUCUUUGUGUUGCUGUAAAAGCAUACAGUAUGUGCAUUCAUGUUCUUGAUUGAGUGCCAUAAAAAUUAACUUUGUUUGACUAUUUCCUCCAUACAUUGUAAAAUGCCAUUGUAUUUUAGAAGAAACGCAUUUCUGUAGCAGAACAUAAUGCAAAUGGCUACGUUGGAGGGAAUUUCAUUGUGUAGUUUAGAUUACCAGACUGAAGUUGAAUAUAAAAGAUAAAUACCAUAGGGUUUUGUAAAAUGGCAUAUUUAAAUCUUAUUUAUUAAUCUGCCAGUAGUAGUAGUUGUAACCAUUGGCGGGUCCAGUCCUGCUGAUUUGCAGGGCCUUAAGCCCUUGUGUUAACGAAGAAAAGGUUGCUGAGCAUCUUGGGAUUAUUUUACAGCUGUAUAAAAUAGAAAUGCUUCUUUCUGCUUUUUUUAGUUUUUUGAGUAUUCUAUGUAAAACAUUUAACUUUUUUAACUGUUACUUUUACUCCUUAUUUGCACCAUGUAAGCACUUUUGUACAUCCAUUUGUUCUGUUUUGUAUUUAAAAAGGAAUUAAGCUUGGAUUUUCAUAACAUUGGUAUUCCCUUUCAAAAUUUAGAGGUAGUUUUUUUGUAUAAAAAUGGUAUUCUGUUAAUAAAAUUACAAUAAUGUAUUUUUCCAGCUAAUCUUGCAUUUCUCAAGGGCACUGAAAUGAUGUCCUGUAAGGUACUUUUUAUGUAAAGUGCAUAUUAUCAGGAAUUCUGUCUUAAAUUUCACUGUCAGCAUCCAAAACAAUUUAAACACAAGAUAAGAUACAACAUGGCACUGCCCAGAGCUGCUGAGAAUAGUGUUUUUAAAAAUGAGACUUUUAUCACUUACCAAGCCUCCCAGAAAAUACAGAUUUGCGGUUCUGAUUUUAAAUAAAUGCCCAGUGGCUUUUUUGCUA